UUGCCACGUGACCGACGAAAAAACGUAGCGCAACGAUUUCCGCCAUUGUAAUAUCGCUGCAGUCAAACAAAGGGCACUGAAUAUUGGUAAGAAUAUAGGUAAACAAGGUCGUGUCAGUCACGUUCGUUGUGAACAUUAAUUGGUUGACGUUCCAUCGAUUUAUUUUUCAAUUGAAGAGAUUAUUUGUCUUGAUGCCAUGCAAGAAAAUUGUCCUUCGUUUUUGGACAGUUCCAACUCAGUCGGAGACGGACCUGCGGUUGAAGACAACGGGUCCAUAUUUGCUAAUAUCUUAGACUCCCUUGACCAAGACAACCAUCACCCACCUACAUUGAGUGCAUUUGAUAACUUAGAUUUUAGUGACAUGUAUGAAGUAGGAAGCGGAGACGAGCAAAUGCUCGAAUAUUUAUGCACAACGAAACCGAAACUGAAGAAGACGGCUGUUAACAAUCAACGUGAGAUGACGGCAGUUUUGAUGGCUAAUGAUUUGUAUGAUAGUGAAAACUCCAAUACAUCAUCCAGACACACUCGUCGGAUGACGAGGCAUAGUCAAAAUUGUACCUUGGGUAAUGAAGUCGUCGCCACAUCUAACAGUGAUAAAUCCAUAAAUGAUGCAAACACAAUUGUAAUAGAUGCUCGUACAUUGAUGAAUAAGUCCAGAAAUAGUCAUAAGAGUAAAAGUUACAGAGAUUGUAGCUAUUCUGACUUAUCUGACAAUGAAAACAAGAGUACAAGAACAGAUAGAUGCAUGUCAAAAAAUGCUAUUACUGCGCGAAUUAAUAGACAAAAACAGAAAGAACGAUAUGAAUCAUUACAAACUGAAUUAGCUGAAAGUAUAGAAGAAAACACCAACUUGAAGAAAGAGUUACUUGCAAAGAAUUCAACUAUAAACAACCUGUCAAGAGAAGUGCAAUACCUGCGCAGUGUUCUUGCAAAUCAGUCAUGUAUUGCGAACAUCAUAAAACAAAUGCCGUCUGUACCAGGAAUGUAUUUUCUUGUAAAUAAUGAUAUGAGUAAUAAAGUGGAUGUCAAUGACAAUGAUGUAUCUGAAAGAUUAAACAAGAAACCCAGCCAGAAGCGAAAUUUUGAUUCUGCAGGUUUUGAAGUCUUUGGUUCAUCAAAAAUUACUUCUGCCAAUGAGGACACAAAAAUUACUGCCAAGGGAGUCUAUGUAGUAGCAUCAGGGUCGAAAAAGAGCAAAACUGAUGUGCCACCAUCAACAAGUGUCGUUCCCAAUUUGCAGCAAGACAUAUGUUCCACAGGUGGAGUUUGCUUUCAUGUCUCAAAUAAUGUGGCAUCUCUCGAAUUCUGUGCAAGUUGUGCUGAAAGUGCUUCCAUUGGUCUUAAAAAAGCAGCAUCACUUCUUGAUGAGAAUGCUAAUUUGAAAACAAUGAGCGAUAAAAAUGGUGUAGUAUGACCAGCAUAAAUGGUCUGUGUCACUUGAUUAUUCUUAUUAUUGUAUACAUUGGUUUCAAUCCUAAAGCAAACAAAACAUUGGCAAAUUGCUAUGUUUUUGAAGUCAUGUUUACCUUUUGUUUUUGAGUUUAUAAAUCAAAGUACUGCCCAAACAUGUCUUUUCAUGGGCAUGUUGGUACAUUGUGUCCUAUUAGGAUGUCAUUUGUUUUGUUUUGAUUAAGGAUUGGCCAAUAUUUUUCUUUUUCAGAUUUCAUUAAAAUGUUAUUGAAACCAAAACAACAAAAUCUCUAUUAAAAAACUAAUUACUAGAGUAAGAAGUAAGUCUUUUAAAAGGUUUUAUAUUGUUGCUAAACAUCUUGUAAAUUUCACUGUAACCCUUACUCUUAAAACUUUGGUCAGUCCAGUUUUAAAUAUUACUGGUUUCAAUGACAUUUGGGGAACAAUUCUAGUUUUAAAUACAUCUUAAAAAACAAUUUUCACAAAGUUUUACCAAAUUAUAUUUGCUCUUUCAUUGUCUAAAUACAACAUGUAACCCUAUGUAUUGAGUCCGAGAAAAACAGCUAAGUUAAUCUGAUUGAAUACAUAUUAAAUCUUACACCAUAUUUCAGAAUCAGUAACCAUGACAUACAAAUAUUAUGUAUACAAAUUCAGAGAUUUUGAGUGCUGAAUGCUUUAAAGUAAAUACAGUUAUAAUUAAUAAUACUAAAAAAAAACAAAUAAUCUUUUACUGAAGUACAGCAUUGGGCAUAGGCUUAGGCAGGGGUUGGUAGAGGGUACUGAUUGCUUGAUUGAUUUGUCUCAAUGUGCAUUUCAAUUUCUCUUUCAGAGGCUGUGCUGAGAAGCGAUAAAUUGGUUUGAGAAGCAAAUAGGGUUUAGUUUUCAUAAGCAAUUAAUGUGUUGACGGCUUACCCCCCAUAUCACCUGCCUGGGGGUGAUCUCAAGAUUCCAUGUAAACAUCUUUGUAAGUAUUGAUAGAUUGGCACUCACCCGUGACACUUGCAAGACCAGUAUUCUUUAAAUCUAUGUGACAGAUGUAUUUUCAGUGCUCAUUAGCCAUAAUUAUGUUUCUUCUGUACAUUUUAAAGUUUUUCUAAAUAAAUUAUUAGGCAUUAUUCAUUUAAGUACAGUAGUUUCAGGAUAAUGAUUUUUUUUAAUAAAUAACACACAAAACACAGGAGUUUCAGAGUCAUAAUUUUUUUAAUUGUGAAAUGUAACAAUAUUGGAAAAGGAGUUUUUAGUUAAUAUAAUAAUAUCCUGCCUUUUAGAGUGUCAAACAUGCUGUAACAAGGCUUUUGUUUAUCUGACUGUUAAACAGUUUCGUUCCACUCUUUCAUCAAUGUUCUGAUCUUGUAUUUGUUUGCGCGCUACAAGUUCAUAACACUAACAUUUUGAUAAGGCACUUGAAUUUUCACCUAUUUCUGUGUCUUACGUAAAAGAAUUUGUUUACAUUUAAGGUAAAAUAAAUUGUUGGGUAUGAUGUCCCCAUGUCAGCUGUUGUGGAAAAAAGCUGUUAUUUAUUUGUAAAGAGUGCCAAUCUGGUUUGGGUUUACCUAAGUAAGGUGAAGUAUGGUAUUGAAUGUUGUUUCUGAUGUCUGGUGACCGUAUAACAUGACUGAUAAUAGUUAAUUUUGUUGUAAAUUAUGUGGGAAAAUAAACAUGAAAAUAUUAAAA